ACAUGGAGACCCUUUUCAGCUCCUCAUUCCGAUUAACUACUCCAAUCCAUCAUCCUCGCUCACUUUCCAGCAGAAACACAUCUGUCUCGGCCCUCAGAACAACCCCAUCUCCUGUUGUAGAGGAGGACUUGCUGCAGACAUUCUUUAAGGAUAGACAGUUGAAUGGAGACUUUGUUUCAAGACUUUCCGACGUGUUUUGGCGGAGGGAAUUUACCAAUUUUGUUGAUGGUGAUCAAGUCGGUCAAAGUGUUGAUAUUACUACUCAACAACAAGCCGCACAAGAGCAGGUUGUGGAUGAUGCUGGUGGGUUUUUGAAACUGUCAGCAACCAAUGAAUGGGUGUUAGGUGAUAGAUCUGCACCAAUUAAUAAAAAGGCCAUUGCCAAGGCCAUGCAGAAUGACAGUGAAAGAAGAAAGAAACUCAACCUUCUUCAAUAUGAAGCUAUACAGAGGGAACUAAUGCUUUUGUCUAUUGGUAUUGGAACUGCUUGUACUGGGUAUUGUCUUGUAACACUGUCAUUCCAGGGUGCUAUCAGUUAUGCGACAGGAGUUCUAUUCAGUUGCUUGUACCUUAAACUCUUGUACCAACAUGUGGACAAUAUAUCCCGAGAAGCAGUCCCUCAGAUUUUCAGGCAGAAGAAAUCGAAGAAAAUUGGAAUAAGAAGUCAGGAUCUGGAGGAUUCUCUAGAGAAAUUGAUUAAGGGCUGUGGUAUGGCUCUUUCAUCUCCAAGGCUUGUGUUACCAGCAGCAAUAUAUGGAUUGUGGAUCCUGUCUCAUCAAUAUGUUUCAAGUGAUCUCUUUGAUUUUCAGCUUGUGCCAGCCAUGGUUGGGUUGUUUGUUUAUAAAGCUGCUGCUCUUGUUCAAGUCUAUAGAGAUAAUGAAGACCUGCAAUUGAUCUUUCCUGAUGACCUUUAGGACUGGAGUAUUUUUGGUAUUCAGUACGUAGGAGUAUACAUUACCACCUUCUGGUUGAUAUUUACAAGACUUGGGUGUGCCUUGGAACUUUUCCUCACGCACUUACAGAAUCAGCGUCCCUUUGAGAACACCAGUAUUGCCUGUAUGUAGCAAGAGAAGUAAAGCAUCUUCAAAUUCUUCUGAAGACUGAAGUGAAGUACCAUGGUCUGAGCUAGUCAAAUUUUGUAAUUAUAUAGAUAUGUACUUGUAUAGUAGACAGCAGAACCUGGACUGAAGGACUAAUUGAGCCAUUCUCUGGCGAUCUUCAUC